UUUUUUUUUCAAUUUCUUUUUAGACUCUCGUAAGAUCCGAUUAUAGUCCUCAAAACCCAACUCAAAGCUUCUACAUUUUUCUGCCAUGGCGGGUCUUGCCAGUACUUUGACAUUCAACUCCAUUAUUUCUAAACCGAAACCCAUCUUCCUUCCUUAUCUUCAGUCCACCCACUUGACCAUCCGCCUUCCCUCUCCCACAUUCUCUUUGUCCAGCUCCUCCUUCACCACAGCCGCAAUCUCCGCCCAGUAUAGUGGCCGUCGUGCAGGCAGCUCUAAUGAUGACGACGCCCUAGACAUCUCUUCUAUAAGGUCAAACGAUGUUAGACUUAUUGAUCAACAACAAAAUAUGGUGGGGAUAAUUUCCAAAAGUGAAGCUAUUCAAAGAGCUGAGGACUCUGAACUUGAUUUGAAUCAUCUAAGAGAUGAGUACAGUAAGAGGAAUCUGAUUGGACUACAGAAGUCUUAAGCUGAAAUGGAUUCAAAAUAUUCAUAGGGAUGUACGGAGUUAAAAGGUUAGAGCUUGCUUGAGUUCAUAUAUUAGGGAACUUGCUGAUUUUUUGUUGACAGAAAGCUAAUCUUUGAUGAAAAGAUUAGAUAUGCUUCCUGUAGACCUUAUGAUAAUUUAUAACCCAUAGUCAGGUAAACCAUACAAACCCAAGUAAGUAGUUAAAUAUUACUCCCUCCGUCCCGCUAAGAUUGUCCCAUCUUCCCUUUCUGCUCCGUCCCACUAAGAUUGUCUCAUACCAAAUUUGGUAAAAUUUAUGCGGUUCUAAAUCAUUCUAAAUUUAUUCUUACUUUGUCAAUUCAGUAUCAACCACAUAGACCUACUUUUCUUAAUAACCACACCACCUCUUCAUGUCCCAAUGGUAGUGGGACGGAGAUAGUAGAUUUUUUUUUUUUCAAUUUAGGGAGGGUGUUGCUUUAAAUAUUAUAUUGUGAAUUUGUGAUCCGCUUCGUAUUGAAGAUAUUUUAUCAUAUAGGCAUCAUAGAAGAGCCUUGUUUUUUAAAACUAUACCCUGAUUUUACUUUCAUUUAUUUAUCAUCACCAGCAAAACCUUAAGCUGGGAUCAGCGGCUUAAAUUAUACGGUGCUAAUUAAUUGGUUAUUUGAGACUUGAGAUUAGUUCCACUAUAACUUUGUGCAAAAGAGCAACUCAUAAUCGUCUUGCAAAGUAAGUGAGAACUAAGAAGGAAUAAUGCUAAAUAGAUGAAGUACUAAAACCAACCUCAUCAAAGGUUAUUUCCACUUAAAAAAUAGCAUUAUAAGGUGAUUGGUUGAGGGUGGGUGUUGUCAACAUUGAAAAAUCAAUUCGCAAGUCAUGAAACAUGACAAGAGAACUUGAACAGUCUAUUUAUUAGGCGCAGGAAAUAGAAAUAAUAGCAAAUGCUUUAUUGAAAAGUCAAUGCCUUGUAGAAAAGACAACUGGUCCUUCUAAAGCCAUAUAUCAAGGAUGGGAGGGAUGCAGGGAGUAGUACUUAUUAGGUUGAUUAUUAAGAUUUCUUGUGAUAAAGUCAUAAAACGCUUGCUCUUUAGAUUUGAUCUCAGAGAGCUUGGUGCUAGCUCUUAAUGCCAACGUUAGCGAGAAACAUGCAUAUAUACUAGCACAAGAUUUAAAUAUCAAAUAUAUGAUAUCCUACUUUAAAAAACUUCUCACUUGUCAAAAGAAGGCAUGUUUAAUGAUCAGAUUUGUUAAAUUGAUAUUUAGCAUUUUUUAUGCUUUAUUCAACACAAGUAGUAUUUAUUUUUUAUUGUCUGUGAUACUCCCUGAUAAUCCAUUAGGUUAUUAUAUCUCCAGAAGCAAACCCUCCUGUUGUUAAAAUAAUGGAUUACAAUAAAUACAAAUAUGAACUGCAAAAGAAGAAAAAGGACCAGCAGAAGAAAAAUGCUGCCAACCGCAUGGAUUUGAAGGAAUUGAAAAUGGGUUACAGCAUUGAUGUGCAUGAUUAUUCUGUGCGCUUGAGAGCUGCACAGAGGUUUCUAAGAGAUGGCAAUAAGGUGAAAGUUAUUGUGAAUCUAAAGGGUCGUGAGAACGAGUUUAAAAGUAAAGCGACUGAGCUGCUCAAACAAUUUCAAAAUGAUGUUGGAGCUUGCUACUUUGGAGAACAAGAAUUUCAGAGACAGGAAUAUGUUUAUAAUUCUGGCCCCAAAUAAAGCAUUUGUACAGAAAGCUCAUGAACAGCUAAAGGAAAAGGACAAAUCAGUAAGUGAAACCUGAGAGCCGGGGGUGAACAACAAUGCUUGUAGUCUUUCACACUCCACUCAACCAAAGAUUUCACCGGUAUCUCAUUCUCCUGCUAAAAUUAGUGUUUUUCAAUGAUAAUAUGUAUAUUUGUGCCUUGCCGCGGUGGGCUUUUGGUUUCGUAGCAAUAUUUUCUAGGAUGCAAAGAAUAAUUUGUACUUAAAUGAUGUGUUUGUUUACAGUUUACGUUUGAUUGGAUGUGAAAAGUUGAUUCCAGGAUAGCUUUAUGAUGCAUAUAUUUCAUAUACGUUUCACGAUUAUGAAUUGGAUAAGUUAUUUUAAAUCUGCUUAAUAAAAUGCUCUAUGUAAUUAU